AUGCACUUCAUCAACAGUUCAGUGCAAAACUCUUUGGCCAAAUAUGGAGUGAGACACAAGGUAGCCACAGCGUAUCAUCCCCAGACUAGUGGCCAGGUGGAAGUGUCCAAUAGGGAAGUGAAGCAAAUUCUGCAAAAGACUCCGAAUGCGCAAAGGAAUGAUUUGGCUGAAAAGUUAGAUGAUGCUUUGUGGGCGUAUAGGAUUGCAUACAAGACAUCGAUAGGUACUUCUCCUUAUCGAAUGGUGCUUAGGAAAGCAUGUCACCUUCCAGCGGAAUUGGACCAUAAAGCAUAUUGGGCUAUCAAGAAGUUCAAUCUGGAUUCUGAGUUAGCUGGAAAGAAAAGGAUAACACACCUGCAUGAGUUAGAGGAAUUUAGGCUCCACACGUAUGAAAAUGCCAAGUUCUACAAAGAGAAGACCAAGAUGUGGCAUGACAAGCAUAUUUUGUCACGCACCUUUGAGCCUGGUCAAUUGUUGUUGUUGUUUAAUUCUAGAUUGAAGUUGUUCCCCGAAAAACUUCGGUCUAAGUGGAGUGGACCAUUUGAAGUGGUCAGGAUGACCCAACAUGGAGUUGUGGAGCUAAAAAACAAGGAUAAGAGCUCCACUUUCCUUGUUAAUGGGCAACGAGUGGAACAAUACUUUGGAAAUUAUGGUGAUCGCAAGCAAGAAGCACUCACCUUGAAUGAUGAAUGA